CUUUUCUUUGGAACAUUUUCUGUUUUUUUUUCUUUUCUUUUCUUUUUUGUUACCUGAUCUUUUUCUCUUUGUGUGUAUAUAAUUUAUAUGGAACUUUUUGUUAUUCUCUGUUAAAUUUGUUCCAUCGUUACUGAUCUAAUUGUAUAUUAUGUUCAGUUGACUAAUAGAUUGUGUAUUUAUCUUCUAAUAACUAAUCGAUUUCAUUGUUUUUCUUUUCCUGUUUUUUUUUCUUUCUAGUUUAGCUUUUUGAUCAAAAAUGAAUGUCCAUUCAUCCGGUUCACCAUCAGCACCAAUGGUAACAACUUCAACACCAUCAGCAAUGCCACCGAUCUUAUCUUCACCUGUAUCAUCAGCUAAUUUACCAAUGGCGUCUUCUUCCUCCUCUUCAUUUGUAGCACCAGCAACUCUACCUCCGCCAUUACCAUUACCAUCAUCAUCAUCUUCAUCAUCUUCAACACCAACACCACCAAACGUAGUUAAUAAUUUACCUAUGCCUACUUAUAUGUUCAAUAAUAAUAGUUCAAAUCCCCUUGGAUCCUCUGAUUGGAUGAAUCAAAUAUGUUUACAGGUUGUAAAUGAUAUGAAUCUUUAUGGAAUCUGUGUGAUUGAUAAUUUUCUUGGUGAAGCUCAAGGUGAUUCUAUUUUAAAUGAGGUUAAAUCUCUCUAUGAAUAUGGUAUCUUUCAGGAAGGUCAAUUGGUUCGUAAAGUUAAUCGACCUCGAACAUUAACUCAAACCAUUCGAAGUGAUAAAAUUGUCUGGAUUGAUGGAAGUGAAUCUCAAUGUGGUAACAUUGGUUUUCUCAUUCAAACACUAGACUCAAUUCUUUAUAAAUGUAACACCAUGGAUAAUAAUGGUCUCUUCUCAAAAUAUAAUAUUAACACUCGAACCAAAGCAAUGAUCGCCUGUUAUCCAGGUUGUGGUACCCGUUAUGUGAAACAUGUAGAUAAUCCCAAUUCAGAUGGUAGACGAAUAACGAGUAUUUAUUAUCUUAAUAAAGGUUGGGAAGUUGAGAGAGACGGUGGUCUUUUACGAAUGUACCCAGUUGGUUAUGAAGAUCAUGUUGCCGAUAUAUCACCGCUCUUUGAUCGAGUCAUUUUCUUCUGGUCUGAUCGACGGAAUCCUCAUGAAGUUCAACCAGCGUUUAGUAUACGAUUCGCAAUAACAGUUUGGUAUUUUGAUGACGAAGAAAGAAACCAGGCUAUGCAAAGCACCAAUAGUUUAUCCUCGUCAACUUCAUCGCCAUCAACAAAAUUCAUCACUGGGUAUUGAGAAAAUUUGAGAAUAAUGAAUCAUCAGGUGUUGAAUUAACAGGAGCCGCAGUUAGGAAUGGGUUCGUUGGAUUUGAAAAUAGAGGCUAAUGAGGAGAGCAAAUCAAAUAGACAAAAAGAAGAGAAAAAAAAAUCAAUUAAUUAAUUUGGUUAAUCUUUGGACGCACAUAUAAUCAAGGCCAGAAACACCAAUGAAAAUAAUAUAUCAAUCUACAAUACAAAUAGAUUACCAUUGAAGGUGUAUCAAUGUCAUUUAUCAUUUGUGUGAAUGAUAAACAAAUUGGAGGAGAGGUAAAAAAAAGAGUAACUAAUAUAACGUUUCACCAAUCGAUAUAAUUGAAACCUACAGAUAGAAAACAAUAAACAGAAAGCUGAUAAAUUGGAUUAAA